AUGUCCACUCACAACUCUACCAGCUCACUACCCAAAGAACCAUCGCGACUCGACACAUCAGUAAAACUCCACGACGCCCAUGAAGUCCCAUCCUGGUACGCGCAUAACGCCUCCAUCACCACCGGCUAUCGCCCUGUAACAAAAUCAAUAUCCCUCUGCAUCCGCAGCUUAUCAUACGUGCACAACGAAACGGUCAACAUCUACUCACACCUCAUCCCCGCCGUAAUCGUCCUUCUAACCAGCUACUCUUUCGAUCGUUACUUCACCGCGCGAUUCCCCAAAGCGUCCUGGACCGACGAACUCGUUUUCCGUAUCUUCCUAACUACCUCUGUGAUUUGCUUUGGUACCUCAGCUGUGUAUCAUACACUGAUAUGCCACUCGGAAGCUUACCAUAGUUUGUGGGUAAGACUGGAUUAUGUGGCGAUCAUUGUGCAGAUUGUGGGGAGUUUCGUGCCAGGGAUUUAUUUUGGUUUCUAUUGUGAACCGGGGUUGCAGAAGCUGUAUUGGUCUAUGAUCGUUACUCUGGGGACAUUGACGGCGACUACAGUCAUUAACCCUAGCCUUCAUGGCCCAAGAUGGAAAACUUUACGCCUAUCGGCUUUUGUCGCUACGGGCUUUUCGGCGUUUGCACCCAUCUUCCAUGGCGCGUUACUCUUUCCUUAUAAUCUUUGGGGUCGUCUCGACUAUGUCGCUAUUGUCUUCCAGAUCCUUGGUUCUUUCGUCUCUGGUAUCUAUAUUGGCUUUUACUGUGAGCCAAACCUCCAGAAACUAUAUUGGACGAUGAUUAUCACACUAGGAGCGUUAACGGGUUUUGUCGUUAUCAAUCCUCGGCUCCAAAGUAUGAGAUGGAAGACACUUCGUCUUUCAACAUUUGUUGCGACGGGUCUGUCAGCUUUCGCACCAAUACUUCAUGCAGCCAGCAUCUUUCCAUACGAUCAAUUAGACAAGCAAGCUGGGCUACGUUAUUAUUAUCUCGAAGGGUUCUUGAUACUAAUUGGUGUUGGAUUCUACGCGACCCAUUUCCCAGAGUCCCUAAAACCUAGGAGAUUCGAUAUCUGGGGCGCAUCCCACCAGAUAUUCCACAUAACUGUAGUUCUUGGCGCGUUAGUCCAUUUCUAUGGCAUACUGCAGGCGUUUGAAUGGAAUUAUGUCAACCAACGCUGUGACUGGCACUAG